CCCGAUUUAGCAAACUCGGAUCAGAACCAAAAGUUGGCCUCUGAAAUCAUGUUUGAGACGUUCAAUGUGCCAGCCAUGUACGUAGCAAUUCAGGCAGUGCUGUCUCUGUACGCCUCUGGAAGAACGACUGGAAUAGUUUUGGAUUCCGGGGAUGGCGUCACACACAAUGUGCCUAUCUAUGAGGGCUAUGCCUUGCCUCAUGCCAUCAUGAGACUCGAUCUGGCAGGCAGAGACCUGACUGACUAUCUCAUGAAAAUUCUUACGGAGAGAGGCUACUCUUUUGUCACCACUGCGGAACGGGAAAUUGUGAGAGACAUCAAGGAGAAGCUUUGUUACGUGGCGUUGGAUUUUGAAAAUGAAAUGGCAACUGCGGCUUCCUCCUCCUCCCUUGAAAAGAGCUAUGAGCUUCCUGAUGGACAAGUCAUCACCAUUGGGAAUGAGCGGUUCCGAUGCCCAGAAACUCUCUUCCAGCCAUCCUUCAUAGGGAUGGAGUCUGCAGGUAUCCAUGAAACCACUUACAACAGUAUUAUGAAAUGCGAUAUUGACAUCCGUAAGGAUCUCUAUGCUAAUAACGUCCUCUCCGGAGGAACCACGAUGUAUCCUGGGAUUGGCGAUCGUAUGCAGAAAGAGAUUACAGCUUUGGCUCCAAGUACGAUGAAGAUUAAGAUGAUUGCACCACCAGAACGUAAAUACUCUGUCUGGAUUGGGGGUUCAAUAUUGGCAUCUCUGUCCACUUUUCAGCAAAUGUGGAUCAGUAAAGACGAAUAUGAGGAAGCUGGCCCCUCUAUUGUCCAUCGCAAGUGCUUUUGAAUACUUCCAUCACGUACUGUCACUGAUAAGUAGUGCUGUUUCUCUACGCAUCACCUGCCCUCGUUCACCUCUGAGGGUGGUUUGGCUUUCUUCCACGUGUUAAAAAAAACACACUGUACGGCU